ACAGCUUCUAGCUUGCACUGGUUGUUGCUUUUCUCUUUUCCUGAUAUUUUCCUGUUUCUUGUUCCCGUUUCUCACCGAAAAGAUUUUUAGCUAGGUUUGGUGCAAAAUUGCAAUUUGAAUUCAGGAUUUUGUCUGAGUGGGUUCAGGGUGAUUUUGCUUCAAAAGGGUUUCCCAAAGAUCAGAUCUUUUUAUGCUUCUUGGGUUUGCAAUUUCCUGUGAAUCGGAGGUAGUCUUGCAUCUGUUAGUGCAAGAUUUACAAUUAUGGGUACCUGUUGAAUCUUGGUUCAUAUCUAGGCAAGAGAUUGAAGAAGCUAGAAAAAACUCAUAUAAACAGGUGGGUAUUUGUGAAAAUCCAGGAAAAAAAAUCAAUACAGGGAGAUGAAAAUCCAGUGUGAUGUCUGUGAGAAAGCUCCUGCAACUGUGAUAUGUUGCGCGGAUGAGGCAGCACUUUGCCCAAAAUGUGACAUUGAAGUUCAUGCUGCCAAUAAGCUUGCAAGCAAGCACCAGAGGCUUCUCCUUCAGUGCCUCUCAAACAAGCUUCCUCCAUGUGAUAUUUGCCGGGAAAAGCCAGCCUUCAUUUUCUGUGUAGAAGAUAGAGCUCUUUUCUGCCGGGAUUGUGAUGAACCUAUCCAUUUAGCUGGUAGUCUUUCCGCAAAUCAUCAGCGUUACCUGGCCACGGGAAUCCGGGUUGCCUUGAGCUCUAGUUGUUCUAAGGACACUGAAAAGAGUUGCUUGGAGCCACCCAAUACAAGUGCACCACAGGUCUCCAUGAAGAUGCCUGUGCAGCAGCAACAACCAAGCUUCUCACCUCAUUGGGCUGUUGAUGACCUGUUGCAAUUUGCAGAAGCUGAGUCUCCUGAGAAGAAGGAGCAACUUGAGCUUGGGGGGUUCGAAUGGCUGGCAGACAUGGGUCUCUUUGGUGAGCAACUAGCUCAAGAUGCUUUUGCUGCGGCUGAAGUCCCUCAGCUCCCAGUAUCACAGUCAACCAGUGUUAGCUCAUAUAGACCCACCAAAUAUAAUAUGCCUUUGAAGAAGCCCAGGAUUGAGAUCCUGGAUGAUGAUGAUAAUGAUGAGUUCUUCACUGUCCCCAAUCUUGGCUGAGCGUUGAUGGAAUUGUGUGAGGGAUAGGUUGAUGAACCAUAAGAGUAUAAUACUUCCCUCCAAGUAUGCAUACUUCUUCAUGCGUACAUAACACCUAUGUAUAAGUUACAUCAAUUUAGGAUAGCUAAAAAAGGUUCGAGGUGAUACUUAACCCAUAUUUUCUUCUAUGCAUGUUUGCUGUUAUUGUGAAUCCGUCCUUCUAUACUUUUGGGGUGUUAUGUAUAUAGUAAAACCGCGUGCACGCAAUAGUUCAAUGAAUUACUACUCUUUAA